AUGUUCGAACAAAUAAAAUUCAGGGAUACUCACACAAAGUCCAUCUUUACAGUAGGUAAGUCAGCUCCGUUUCGGAAUCAACUACUUUUGCAGGUAGACUACAGUUGCCUGCUCAGGAUGAAUAAUUGUCACUUGAGAUUCAACAACAUCCGCAAGUUGACAGUGGUGCCCAUGGCUGAUUGUAGGAGGGAGGGCAUGGAUGGUUGGUUGGUUGGUUUGAAGCGAUGCAAACAAUGGGAAGUUCAGUGUGAAUAG